UUCGGGUCCGCCUGUACACAUGUUCGGUCAGAAUUUCAUUUGUCAAUUCGUCAUAACUUGUUGCUCACGAAGCCUGACCAGAAGAAAUUAUUUGUUUUCCCGUUAUACCCUUGACUUCGGUAACGAAACCCACAGCGACAUCCCUGUCCUUGUGAAAAUCUUGUAGGGGUAAAAAUGUCAUCGUGAAACCAGACAAGUUCUCUUAUAAACGGUAAAUCCCUAAACAACAUUGGCCGAUAGAUUGAUCUCAUUUCUCUGUCUCAUUUCUGUCUCAACUUAAACCCUAAGACCAACCUUAAACCCUCCCGUCGACAUGGCAGCCUCCGUGCUUCUUCGCUCCUUGCGCCGCCGAGAGCUACACUCUGCUUCUUUGUCCGGUUACAGAUCGCUGACUUCAAAUGCAAAGACCUCACUGGCAACCUCUCCAUUUGCUAGCAAAUUGUCUUCUUUAGCAAGGCCCUUCAGUUCAAGGCCUGUUGGAAACGAUGUAAUUGGUAUUGACUUGGGUACCACUAAUUCUUGUGUGGCAGUUAUGGAGGGAAAGAGUCCUAAAGUAAUUGAGAAUGCUGAGGGGACCCGAACCACGCCAUCAGUUGUGGCUAUCAACCAGAAAGGAGAGCUGCUUGUGGGAACCCCUGCCAAGCGCCAGGCAGUAACCAACCCCACAAACACACUUUUUGGGACCAAACGUAUGAUUGGAAGACGUUUUGAUGACCCACAGACACAAAAAGAAAUGAAAAUGGUGCCUUAUAAGAUUGUGAGAGCUCCUAGCGGGGACGCAUGGGUAGAAGCAAAUGGGCAGACAUAUUCACCAAGCCAAAUAGGGGCUUUUGUUCUCACCAAAAUGAAAGAAACUGCUGAGUCAUAUCUUGGGAAAACAAUCAACAAAGCUGUUAUCACUGUUCCAGCGUAUUUCAAUGAUGCUCAGCGACAAGCAACGAAGGAUGCUGGGAGGAUCGCCGGUCUAGAUGUUCAGAGGAUCAUCAAUGAACCCACUGCUGCUGCACUGUCAUAUGGGUUAAACAAUAAGGAAGGGCUCAUUGCUGUCUUUGAUCUUGGAGGAGGAACCUUUGAUGUUUCUAUUUUAGAAAUUUCAAAUGGUGUAUUUGAGGUCAAAGCUACUAAUGGAGACACCUUUUUGGGAGGGGAAGAUUUUGACAAUGCACUGUUAGAGUUCCUGGUUAGCGAGUUUAAGAGGACUGAGAAUAUUGAUCUUACAAAGGACAGGCUUGCCCUACAGAGACUUAGAGAAGCAGCUGAAAAGGCUAAGAUAGAGCUCUCAUCCACAUCUCAGACCGAAAUCAACUUGCCAUUCAUAACUGCUGAUGCUUCUGGAGCAAAACAUUUAAAUAUAACUCUAACCAGAUCAAAGUUCGAAGGAUUGGUGAACCACUUAAUUGAGAGGACAAGAAACCCAUGCAAGAACUGUUUGAAGGAUGCAGGGAUAACAGUCAAGGAAUUGGAUGAAGUUUUGCUUGUUGGUGGGAUGACUCGUGUUCCCAAGGUUCAAGAAAUAGUGGCUGAAAUUUUUGGUAAAAGCCCAAGUAAAGGUGUCAAUCCUGAUGAAGCAGUUGCUAUGGGAGCUGCUAUUCAAGGUGGCAUCCUUCGGGGUGAUGUUAAGGAGUUACUCUUGUUGGAUGUGACCCCUUUAUCACUUGGUAUUGAAACUCUUGGUGGAAUUUUCACUAGGCUUAUCAACAGAAAUACAACCAUCCCUACCAAGAAAUCUCAGGCUUUCUCAACAGCGGCUGACAACCAGACUCAGGUGGGGAUUAAAGUACUACAGGGUGAGCGUGAAAUGGCAUCUGAUAACAAGCUUUUGGGUGAAUUUGAACUAGUUGGCAUCCCACCUGCACCUCGAGGCAUGCCACAGAUUGAAGUGACUUUUGACAUUGAUGCCAAUGGAAUCGUCACUGUUUCUGCUAAGGAUAAGGCGACAGGAAAGGAACAGCAGAUCACAAUCCGCUCAUCUGGAGGUCUUUCAGAUGAUGAAAUCGAGAGGAUGGUCAAGGAGGCUGAACUGCAUGCUCAGAGAGACCAGGAGAAGAAGGCUUUGAUUGACUUGAAAAACAGUGCUGACACAACCAUAUACAGCAUCGAGAAGAGCUUGAACGAGUACAGAGACAAGGUUCCAGCUGAGGUUGCUACAGAGAUAGAGUCUGCCGUGGCAGACCUGAGGAAAGCACUUACUGGCGAGAAUAUCAAUGACAUCAAGGCCAAACUUGACGCUGCAAACAAGGCUGUUUCGAAGAUUGGUGAGCACAUGUCUAAAGGCUCUAGUGAUUCUGGUUCAUCCUCUGCAGGAUCUCAGGGUGGUGAGCAGACACCAGAGGCAGAAUAUGAGGAGGCUAGGAAGUAGAGAUCGAUAGAAUUCCAAAUGAUUAACCGAUACAACAUUUCAUUAUUUUGAUUGGUAGUGUUUCCUCAUAGUUUUGGCGGUUUUGUAUCUUAAUUGGUUGUAGACCCGAGGUGAGAGAACUCAUAAGAAAAAUACUGGAUCAGCAGUCUUCAUUUUUUCUGGCACUGAAGAUCAUAAAAUGCCAGUACGAUAAAAUUUUGUUCAAUUUUUCUGUGCUUUUUGUGAGCUUUUUUUGUCGAACUUCGCCCUGGAUAAGCUACUGUUACUGUGAAAUAAGAUCUGUUGUAGGAUAUA